AUGGCCAAACACAUCGAGGUCAUUGAUUUGUGCCUGAGCAGCGAUGAUGACGAUCACCCUACCCAGAUGACAUCUUCCCGACAGCAAAGGGCGUCGUCGAUGGGUCCAGGCCGUGUACCACAUCCUGUGGAUUCAGUGGCUUCCGGUGCCAUUGCUGCUACCGCUGCAGCCUUGGGGUCCGCAAGAGAAUCAGGCCCGGCUGCCACGGACUUGACAGCUGCAGUGCUUGAAGCACCGACCUUCGACUUGAAGCUGCCCACUCUUGGUGUUGUGUCAAUGCCCGAGCCUUCGGAAUGCAUUGUGCUUGAUGAUGGUAGUGACGACGAGUCACUACCAGAUGUCUGGGACCCUGCCGCUGCCUGCCCCGUCCGUUCUGCUCAAGCGUCGUCUCAGAUACAGGCAGCCACGUCUCGGCCAACUACGGCUUUGCAGCAUGCUGCGUUGACAGCAACGCAGGCACUGUCUGGCGAAUACCCUUCCAGUGAAGCUCGAUCUCGGUACUCGUCAGAGCGACCUGCUCGGUCCACGCCAGCUCCUUCAGCACAACAGACUCGCGUGUCCUUUUCGACAAAGGCCUCGCCUACAGCUGAACACCCACUGCCAAGGCCUGGCGCUGCUGAUGCAACAGAAGUAAUUCUGUUGAGCCCAGAUCCCCAGCGCCCAACAUCUCCAUCUCAGAGAUCACCCACUUUAGCGCCGCAAAAUCUGACGCAGCGCUUUCAAGAGGCCUCUCAACAGCGUGCAAAUGCAGCAGGUCGUGAAGAUCCGGACAAUGCAGAUGCCCGCAUCUGUCUCGACGGUGGUUCGCCACUGAGUCUGGCGCAGCGCCUGCGGCUGCGCUUUCUCGAGCAACAGGAGCUUGCGCUCCCCUUAGCAUCAACAACCAGUCAAGGCACCAGUGCCUCAUUGGACAGGAGCCAAGCCGCCAAGCGUGUAAAAACUCUUGCACAAAUCACCGGCGUCGACACAACCAUUGUCGAAGCACCCUUUCGCUCACAAAUGCCACAGCAUCAGGAGCGUCGCUGCCAUGGGGCCAAUGAGGCUGAUCAUCAAGCUCACCCGCCCUUUUAUGGAGAAGAUAACUUACCUUCUUCCACCAGCCAAGGCUCUGAUCCCGCACAUCAGUCCUCAGCUCGUACUGGUCCAGCUGCGGCGCCUAGCUCAGCCACCGACCCCGAACGCUUGACUGCCACUCAUGCUUCAGCGACAUCUGCAGCCGCACGCAAGGUCCCUGAAGCUGCGCGAGAAGUGAGCAAGCGCUCGGCUCAGCUUCGGCGCGAAUUAUCCCGUCAAAAUCGACCCGAAGAUCGCCUCGCCACCAUGUCUGUAUACUGCUGCGCCACGCUUUUAGAGGCCCGACGAUACAAAAAACUGCGCGAGCAGCUCGAGGCCCAACAAGUUUCGGUGCAAGUCACCAAUGGCUUGCCCCUGAAAAUGUCCAUCCGUUUCAUGCGUCGGGUUGAUACCCUGAAUGAAACAACCGCUACCAUCGAGUCUUGUUUGGAGGAGGAGCCACAUGUAUUGAUGGUGCUUUGGGCCGACACCUUUGUACCACAGGCCACCGACAUGUCCAUUCGCAAUCUCGCGCGCGAGAUCAAGACCCAUUACCAAGAUCUCUCCAAGGUGGGCCUGUUGGUGACGUUGAUUGUAGAAGGCGUUGAGCCAUAUUUUCGAAAGCAGUCCAAUGCCGCCAAUCGCGCGUGGCGCCAGCAAGUCAGCACUGGGGAAGCGGCAGACACGGACACGGAUGCCAUGCUGGGAAAGAUUGCACAAGUUCGAACGGCGGUGGACCACGUGCUUAUAUGGCUGCAGAUGGAGGCUGGCCUUCAUCUGCGCGAAACAAACACGGCCGACGAGACCAUGGAGCUCAUUUGCAUGAUGACCAAAUCCAUUGCCACGCUUCCCGACAAAUUGCAAGCCGCCCAGUUCAACAUCAAUCCCCAUGUGACACACUGCGAAAAGGUUGAUAGUGCAACCUUCCGCGGUUUGCGCCAGCUUUGGCGCCGGCAGCUGAGCUGCUUUUCGUGGAUUUCGGAUGACAAGGCCGAGGCAAUUGUGCAACACUACCCCACUCCCCUGGCCUUGGCACAGGGUUUCCGUCAGCAUGGCGUUGAUGCAGUCGCCUCGUUGGUACCGGUCGGGCACGCUCGCGCGGUUGGCCAAGCUAUUGCAGAGAAACUCAAGGUCUACCUGGAAAGCGAAGAUCCCAAUCUGAUGCUUUAG